AUGCUGGGGGAGAGGAACAGGCCAGACGAGAAGCUAACCAGGAAGCAGAGGGAAACUGAAAAGGCAGUCAGAGUGAAACCUAGGGGGACGUUAAGGAAGGGGGACAACAAAGGUGAAACAAACGAAGAAUCAAAAAGCAGACCACAGCAACGGACGAAAGUAGCAGGGAGGAGUCCUGACAAAAGCCUCUCUGAGCAGUAG